AACCUUCCGACCUCCGCCAUGGCAUCACCUAUGAGGAGCUUGCUUACUGACCCCACCAGAUACCUCCAGUCUUUCCGCCUUUUCCUCGCAAAUUCGACUGAGCACCAGAGCAUGCAGGAGUUCAUGGAGAGGCAGUUGCCGGCUUUGAUAGGGAGUAUUGGAAACGGGAAGUCUACAAUCAAUGUUCUAAGCGUUGGUGGUGGAGCAGGUGAGAUUGACCUGCUGAUCCUCUCAAAAAUACAAGCCAGAUACCCGGGGGUCACCAUCAACAAUGAUGUGGUAGAGCCAAGUGCUGACCAAAUCUCCAAGUACAAAGAGCGCGUGGCUAAGACAUCAAACCUUGAGAACGUAAAGUUUACCUGGCAUGAGGAGACAGCUUAUGAAUAUGAAAGUCGAAUGAAUGCAGAAAAGAAGUCUAAAAAAUGGGACUUCAUUCACAUGAUCCAGAUGCUGUAUUAUGUGAAAGAUGUCCCAGCGACUAUCCGGUAUUUUCACAGCCUCCUGGAAGCACAGGCAAAGCUCCUCAUUAUCCUGGUAUCAGGAACCAGUGGCUGGGAAACACUGUGGAACAAGUAUGGGUCUUCCCUACCUGUAGGUGAUCUCUGCUCUUAUGUUUCCUCUGCUAACAUCAAAAGGAUACUGGAUUCAGCUGGGCUGAAGUACCAGGUGCAUGAGCUCCCAUCCCACAUGGACAUAACGAGCUGCUUUAUUGAAGGCAACAAGGAUGGGGAGCUGUUGCUGGAUUUCCUGACAGAAACUUGUGACUUCUCUAAAACUGCUCCUCCUGAAUUAAAGCAUCAGGUAAUGGAAGAGUUAAGAAAGCCUGGAUGCAGUGAAAAAAGAGAUGGGAAGGUGCUUUUUAAUAACAACCUGAGUGUAAUAGUGAUUGAGCCAUGA